CAUCUAUUGUAGCUGCUCGUUCUAGACUUUGACCACUUGUUUGCAGCUCUAUCAUUGUCCCCAAGACCAACAUGUUUUAAAAGAUAUGACCAAAGUCUGUAAAACAAAAGAAUGAACGCAUGAUUGCUUGUUUCAUUUCUCUUGUUUUAUGGUAUCCCCCAAUGUAGAGCGGGAGCUUUGGAACAUUGUUUCUCAAAGAAGAAGAAUACAUUGACAUGAUCAAUCGAUUGUUUCGCAUCAAAUUUAUCAGUCAGAAUGACAAAACGCAAGACGAACGUUACGUCUACGUUAUCGAUGCGUGCAUAGAGAGUAAAUGACAAAAUAGCUCCCAAGCAGUUAUUGGGAAGGGAAAAAGUAAAAGAGAGUACAAGGCUUCGGUUUUUUCUUUCUUUCUUUCUUUUUACCUCGUUUUGCAUUUUCUCUCACUUUCAUUCUUUCUUUCUUUUUCGCGCCGCCUUUUCCAACAAACAAUGCAACAGCAGCAAAACCAGGCGCAAUCGAUAAUGGGGAUCCAGUCAUCGUCGUCCUCAGUACCGCAGCAGCACAUGUAUCAGCUAUACGAGCAUCAACAGCAGCAGCAGCAUAAUUAUCAGUCUCCGCCGCCAGACAUCAAUCUGUCAACUCGAGCACGACGACGAUCACGUACCACGCCUGCUCAGAUAGCCAUUUUGGAGAGUUACUUUCAGAAUGUGACAAACAAGCCGACAAGGGAAAUCUGUAGAGACGAGCUGGCACCGCUGGUCAACAUUUCUCCCGAAAGUGUUUACUUUUGGUUCCAGAACCGUCGUUCUAAAAUGUCUCGAGAGCAACGAUUGACACGACGUGGUCGUUCAGAGUCGCCUCAACGUCGACCGAAUCCAUCGAUUGUUCGCUCUGUUAGCAGUACUACUGCUACUAUUACCAGUGCUACUACUACUGCGACUACAGCUACGACGGGUACUACUUUUGUUGCUGCUGCUGCUGCUGCACCAACAUCAACAACAACAACAACGACGACUGCCAAUCCAGGAGCACCGAUUCUGCAUCACCAACAGCAACAGCAACAACAACAACAACAGGAGCAAGAUGAUCCAUCGGAAAAUUUACCGAACGAUCUCAUCGAGGGAAAAGAGCCAACGUCAGCGUUAGCAAGCGAAGAAGCUGGACGCACUGUUGAUACGACUCAUUCAACAACUGUUCACUCCAGCAGCCCUUCAUCCACAAUGCCACCGUAUCAUCAACAACUACAGGGUACCACACGACUGCCAUCCUUGUCAAGUUUGAUACACACCGGUUCUUCUGCUUUUAGCACCACUGGAUCUGCUUUUACUCCAACGGGCGGUACGACGGGCACAGCAGCAGCAACAACAAGUACAGGAGGAUUAGUAGGAGGUAAUGUUGGUACAAGAGGAUAUCGGCCGACGUCGUCAUCGUCGUC